AACAUGGCGCGAUUAUGGCACGAUGUUGUGGAAUUUUACAAUCGGACUAUGGAUAACGGAGAUCCAAGAGUGUAUGACUGGUCUAUGAUGCAAAGUCCAUGGCCCACACUUGGAAUAUGUUUUUCGUACAUAUAUUUUGUGAAAUUAUUAGGUCCAGCAUUAAUGAAAGAUCGUAAACCAAUGGAUCUUCGUUAUGUUAUGAUUUUCUAUAAUUUUGCUAUGGUCAUUGCUAGCACGUGGCUAUUUGUAAUGUUAGGUCUAUACGGUUGGUUUAGUAAAUACAGUUGGAAGUGCGAGCCUGUGGAUUAUUCGAAUAGUUCCGAAGCCGUUGCAAUGGCAAAUGCGGCUUGGUGGUACUAUGUUUCAAAAUUUGUCGAAUUCACGGAUACUGUUUUUAUGGUAUUGAGAAAGAAAUUCGAUCACGUAUCCAACUUGCAUGUCAUCCAUCACGGUAUCAUGCCCAUGAGUGUUUGGUGGGGUGUUAAGUUCACGCCAGGUGGCCAUAGCACAUUUUUUGCAUUUAUCAACAGUUUCGUCCACAUCUUAAUGUAUUUUUACUACGGUAUGGCGGCGGUUGGGCCUACCAUGACCAAGUAUCUUUGGUGGAAGAAGUACAUGACCGUUAUACAAAUGAUACAAUUCAUUUUCAUCUUCGUCCAUUCGUUCCAAUUGCUUUUUCGCGAUUGCCAUUAUCCACGUGGAUUUAUGUGGUGGAUUGGUUUCCAUGCUGUUUUAUUCUGGUUUUUGUUCAGGGAUUUCUAUAAGAAUGCUUAUAACAGGAGUAAAAAGAAUUUUUCUUUGUCGUGUUCACCAAGUGGCCUCAUCUAUACACACGACAAAGUUCACACUAAUGGCUACCAUAAAGAAUUAAUGAGGAAAUCGACUUGCAACAAAGAAAAUUGAAAUUGUUUAACUGAAAUUGAGGUACUGUACUUAAUAUCAUCAUCCUCACGAACUCUACCUCAAUUCGUGUACUCGUUGACAUAAAACAGGUACGAACGUGUGUUCCAGAUGGAUGUUUUAAAUUGUUUCCAACGAUUUUAUUGGCUAUAAAUAUAUUUUUAUCUUCAAAAAAACUCCAUCCCUGACGUUCCUGUUACCUUAAUGACGAGGAAGUGGUCGUUUAAAUGAUCAUAAAGGAGCAAACAUGGCAAUUGAUUUCUUUCUAUUUUUGUAAAUAUCUCCGAUUUUUAAUGGCCGAGAACAGAAAUGAAAUUGCAUCUUUUCUUAUGAGAAAACCUCUGAAAUACGGACACUGACGGAAACAUUGAAAAAAAAAUGGCUGUCAUUCGGAAUUGUCUGUUGUUUGGAGGUUAUUUCGUAUACAUUUUUGUUUAAAGAAAGAAAGUUCCUGAAAAUAUGGCCGCUGUUUAGAGGUGAUCGUUGUUGGGAGGUGGUCGUUGUUGCAGGUUCGACUGUAUAUGUAUUAUUUGGCACUUUUAAGGUUAUACCGAUACAGUGUGGGAACGAGUUUGUUUAUUAUUUUUAUUUUUAU